GCGCGCGCUCGCAGGGCAGAGGUGCGUGGAGUCGCGGCGCGCUCGCUCCAUUCCUGGGCUCGGCUACCCCCUGCCCUUCGGCACCUGCCGCGCUGCGGUCCCCGGCUCCAGAUGGGGAAGGACCAGGGCUUCUCUCGGCACUUUCGGAUCUUCAUCCCCAAGAAGCACCGGGCGCGCUUCGACGAGGUGGUGUCGCAGGGCCUCCUGGGCAAGCUGUGCCGCGCCCGCCGGGCCCAGGGCGCGCAGCGACUGCGCCGGAGCCGCAGCGAGGAGCGGCCGGAGCGCCUCCUGGUGUCCACGCGCGCCAGCGCCCCGCCGCGCCGCCCCGAUGAGCCGCCCCCGCGCAGGGCCUCCUUGCUGGUGGGCGGCCUCGCCGGCCCCGGGGGCGCGCGCAGGACUGUCCGAGUCUACAAAGGCAACAAGAGCUUCGGCUUCACACUUCGCGGCCACGGGCCUGUCUGGAUCGAGUCUGUCCUGCCUGGGAGCCCAGCUGACAAUGCUGCCCUCAAGUCAGGUGACCGGAUCCUCUUCCUCAAUGGACUGGACAUGAGGAACUGCUCCCAUGACAAGGUGGUGUCUAUGCUGCAGGGCAGUGGUGCCAUGCCCACGCUGGUGGUGGAGGAAGGGCUCGUCCCAUUUGCCAGUGACUCCGAUUCUCUGGACUCACCCAACCCGUCGUCGGCGCUCACCUCCCUGCAGUGGGUGGCGGAGAUCCUGCCGUCCAGCAUCCGGGUCCAAGGGAGGACCUUCAGCCAGCAGCUGGAGCACCUACUCACACCUCCUGAGCGCUACGGGGUCUGCCGGGCCCUCGAGAGCUUCUUCCAGCACAGGAACAUCGACACCCUCAUCGUUGACGUCUACCCUGUGCUGGACACCCCUGCCAAGCAGGUCCUGUGGCAGUUCAUCUACCAGCUGCUGACCUAUGAGGAGCAGGAGCUCUGUCAGGAGAAAAUCGCAUGCUUCCUGGGCUACACGGCCAUGACAGCAGAGCCGGAGCCUGAGCUGGACCUAGAGCCGGAGCCCACGCCUGAGCCCCAGCCGCGGAGCUCCCUGCGGGCUUCCUCCAUGUGCCGCCGCAGCCUCCGGUCCCAGGGCCUGGAGGCCGGCCUCAGCUGCGGUCCCAGCGAGUGCCCUGAGAUGCCUCUUCCCCUGAUCCCAGGCGAGCGCCAGGCAGGCGAUGGCACGUCCCUCCCUGAGACCCCCAACCCCAAGAUGAUGUCAGCCGUCUAUGCAGAGCUUGAGUCUCGACUGAACAGCAGCUUCAAAGGAAAGAUGGGGACCGUGUCCAAAUCCCGGGCUUCCCCUCCAGGCCCCAGCCCAGCAGUCACCACAGGGCCCAGGACCCUGUCCGGCGUCUCGUGGCCCAGCGAGCGACUCUUGCCCUCCCCCUGCUACCACCCGCUGUGUUCGGGGGGCCUGGCCUCCCCCAGCAGCUCUGAGUCCCACCCCUACGCCAGCCUGGACAGCAGCAGGGCGCCCUCCCCACAGCCAGGCCCCGGGCCCAUCUGCCCUGACAGCCCCCCAAGCCCGGACCCCACCCGCCCGCCCAGCCGCAGGAAGCUCUUCACCUUCUCCCACCCUGUGCGAAGCCGCGAUACUGACCGCUUCCUGGACGUGCUGAGUGAGCAGCUGGGCCCCCGGGUCACCAUCGUGGAUGAUUUCCUGACCCCUGAGAACGACUACGAGGAGAUGAGCUUCCAUGAUGACCAGGGCAGCUUCGUAACCAAUGAGCGGAGCAGCGCCAGCGACUGCAUCAGCAGCAGUGAAGAAGGCAGCUCCCUGACCUACUCCUCCAUCUCUGACCACAUCCCCCCACCCCCGCUCAGCCCCCCACCACCGCCACCCCUGCCUUUCCAUGACCCUAAGCCCAGCUCCCGCAGCUCUGAUGGUUCCCGAGGCCCUGCUCAGGCGCUGGCCAAGCCCCUCACCCAACUCAGCCACCCAGUCCCUCCACCACCCCCACCGCCCCUGCCCCCACCCGUGCCCUGUGCACCCCCCAUGCUGUCCCGGGGCCUGGGCCACCGGCGCAGUGAGACCAGCCACAUGAGCGUCAAGCGCUUGCGGUGGGAACAGGUGGAGAACUCAGAAGGCACCAUCUGGGGUCAGCUCGGGGAAGACUCCGACUAUGAUAAGCUGAGUGACAUGGUGAAAUACCUCGACCUGGAGCUCCACUUCGGCACCCAGAAACCUGCUAAACCGGUGCCGGGGCCGGAGCCCUUCCGGAAGAAGGAGGUGGUGGAGAUCCUGUCCCAUAAGAAGGCCUACAACACCUCCAUCCUCUUGGCGCACCUGAAGCUGAGCCCCGCGGAGCUGCGCCAGGUGCUGAUGAGCAUGGAGCCCCGGCGCCUGGAGCCUGCACAUCUGGCGCAGCUGCUGCUCUUCGCGCCCGACGCCGACGAGGAGCAGCGCUACCAGGCCUUCCGCGAGGCGCCUGGCCGCCUCAGCGAGCCGGACCAGUUCGUCCUGCAGAUGCUGUCAGUUCCCGAAUACAAGACACGCCUGCGCAGCCUCCACUUCCAGGCCACCCUCCAGGAGAAGACAGAGGAGAUCCGAGGCAGCCUUGAAUGCUUGCGCCAGGCCUCCCUGGAGCUCAAAAACAGUCGGAAGCUCGCCAAGAUCCUGGAGUUUGUGUUGGCCAUGGGCAACUAUCUCAACGAUGGACAGCCCAAAACCAACAAGACCACGGGCUUCAAGAUCAACUUUCUGACAGAGCUGAACUCCACCAAGACAGUGGAUGGGAAGUCCACCUUCCUGCACAUCCUUGCCAAAUCGCUGAGCCAGCACUUCCCUGAACUCCUGGGCUUUGCUCAGGACCUGCCCACCGUGCCCCUGGCUGCCAAAGUGAACCAACGGGCCCUGACCAGUGACCUGGCUGACCUCCAUGGCACUAUCAGCGAGAUACAGGAUGCCUGCCAGAGCAUUUCCCCCUCUAGUGAGGACAAGUUUGCAAUGGUCAUGUCGUCCUUCCUGGAGACGGCCCAGCCAGCACUUCGGGCGCUGGACGGGCUGCAGCGCGAGGCCAUGGAGGAGCUGGGCAAGGCUCUGGCCUUCUUUGGGGAGGAUUCCAAGGCCACCACCUCUGAGGCUUUCUUCGGCAUCUUUGCAGAGUUCAUGAGCAAAUUCGAGCGAGCGCUGAGUGACCUGCAGGCCGGGGAGGGCCCGCGCAGCUCCGGGAUGGUUUCACCCCUGGCCUGGUGACAGUGGCCACAGCGCGUCCUCUGCGGCCUGAGCAGGGAUAUGGAGGCCGAGAGGGCAGCCCAGACACUGCCGGGGUCCGGGGCCACUGUGCCCCAGGCUCUGAGCACACCGCCAGCCUCACCUGCAGCUACCUCAGCCGCCGAGCUGUGGCCGGGCCCUCCUCUGCCAGCCUUUGUUCCUACACCCAGGCCCAGAGUCAGAUGCUGUAGGAGCAGGUGCUGAGUGUGCCUGCACCUGGAGGACCGUGCUCUGUCAGCUUCCUGGGCCCACUUCCCACUUCGCUCCCAGGCUGUCAGGGGGGCCUGGAGGGUGGAUUACAAAGUGGCCACAUUCCUGGGACAUGUGGACUUUUUUCUGAUCCUGCUCCUAGCGGGUCCCUGUGAGGGGGCCGACACCCUUGAACACGACCCUGCAGGCAGGCGCGAGACGCGAGAGGGCGGAAAGCCCAAUGUAGAGGGGCCCUGGGGAUGUGCACGCCCAGCCUGGGCCUUGGAAGCUGGCUUCAGGGACAUAGGAAGAGAGAAGCCUGGGAGAGACGCAGGGAAGGAAGGACUGGAGAAGGAAGACCCCCUAUGUCAGACUGCGGAAUUGAGGUUUCAUGCAGUGGACAAACCCAAACCUGUGUAGAGGUGGCCCAAUUGGAAGUGGGGAGCCUGGGAGUGGAAUAGGUGUGGUCAAGGUAGAGCAGACAGAAUGGGGAGGUGUUGAGGCAGGAGGUGAGCAAGAUCUGGUGGCCAACUGCCAGACUUCUCACCUGGACGGAUGGUGAUGUUCCCUGGAGCAAGUCAUGAGACCGGGGCAGGUGUGGGGGCAGAUGACACAAUCUGGGAUGUGUUUGGGACACAAAUGGUCAUUUUACAUGUGCCUAGGCAUAUAGCAGGAGUUACCUGGAUACCAGGAGCAGGAGCAGGUGGUGUGGUGGGCAGGGAGGGAGGGUGUGUGAACUGUUUCACCUUUUUUAAAAUUCUCUGAUUGACAGAUGCUUGGAUCAGACAGCUUCCCUCAUUGCACCUUUUUUUUUUUUUUUUUUUUUUGGAAAAGUCUGAAAUGGGCUUUAAUCCUGUCUCAUGGAUUCUUUUUCUCCCACUGCAAUCAAAUGGCUUACAUUGCACCUGGGCAGUACUGGGAACCUGUUCAGUUCUUCCCAGUCUCCCCUAGGCCCCUCUUGGAAGCCAUCUUUGUUUUUUUGUUCCUUGCACACAAGCACCAUACAAAAACAUCAAAACCAAAAUAUAUACUGCAAGGGGGAUGUGGCUAGUGGGGUACAUUUCACCCUAGCAGCUCAAGCAGAAUUGUUUCCAAAAGUUCCCAGUGCCUGUGUCUCUGGGAAGCAUGUCAGGAGGUCAGUUAAAACCUCUGCAGGCAGGGCGCGGGGGCUCACGCCUGUAAUUCCAGCACUUUGGGAGGCCAAGGCAGGCAGAUCACCUGAGGCCAGAAGUUCAAGACCUGCCUGGCCAACAUAGUGAAGCCACAUCUCUACUAAAAAUACACAAAAUUAGCCGGGCGUGGUGGCACACGCUUGUAUUCACAGCUACUUGGGAGGCUGAGGCAGAAGAAUUGCUUGAACCUGGGGGAGCGGAGGUUGCCGUGAGCCAAGAUCCUGCCACUGCACUCCAGCCUGAGCGACAGAGUGAGACUCCGUUUGAAAAAAAAAAAACCCUGCAUAAGAUCUGUAGAGAUAAUAGACUCCAACAGGCGUGAUUUCCAGGCCUGGUUAGCCCACAUGGCAUUUUCCUGCAAGUUAGAAACACAUGUCCCUUCCAGGAGACCUAACCUCUUGAUUGCACAGUGUGGCAGGCCAAGCACCAGCUAGGUUUUCUCCCUAGCAUGCCUUUUAUUGGUUAUCUGUUUGCUACAACAAUGCUGCAUACCAAACUGUCCCAAAACUCACUGGCUUCAAACAGCAAUCACUUACUGCUCACAAGUCUCUGGGUCCCGGUUCUGAUCUGAGCUAGACUCUGCACCCUCAGUCAGCUAUGAGUCAGCUAGGCAGCUUUGGUAAUCAUACCAAGCAAUCUCAUGUCUGGGGCCUUUGGCUGGGAAAGCUGGGAUAGCCCUGUGGGGUCUCUCAUUUUGCACCCAAAUAGCCAGGAUUCUUUUCAUGAGGGGACUGGGGGUCAAAGAGGGUGAACAACCAAAGGCACAGAAGAUGGCUUGAGGCUGAGGCUCUGAGCUGGUACACCGUGCCUUCUGCCACAAUCUGCUGUCCAUCCAAAUGACAAGGCCAGCCCUGAUUCUAGGGGAAGGGAAACAGGCUCUGCUAGGAGAUAUCGCAAAGCCACUCCACACAGGGUGUGGAUUCAGGUACAGAUGGAGAAUCAGGAGCAUUUUUGCAAUUAAUCUACUGCAUGACCUCUUGGCCAGGGGUGCAGAUCCCAGCCUCCUUAAAAUCCCCAGUGGCGCUGGUGCUGCCUGGACCCAGCACAGAUUUGGUUCCCCAUCCCCAAGUACUCACCAGGUGGCAUGCUUCUGUCUGUCUUACCUGUUCACCCAUGAAUUACCUGACUUCUCUCCAGAUAUUUAGUCCAGGCUGGGCGCAGUGGCUCAUGCCUGUAAUCCCAGCACUUUGGGAGGCCGAGGUAGGUGGAUUACUUAAGGUCAGGAGUUUGACACCAGCCUGGCCAACAUGGUGAAACCCUGUCUCUACUAAAAAUACAAAAAUUAGCCAAGUGUGGUGGCAGGCGCCUGUAAUCCCAGCUACUCGGGAGGCUGAGGCACAAGAAUCUAUUGAACCUGGGAGGCAGAGGUUGCAGUGUGCCAAGAUUGCGCCUCUGAACUCCAGCCCUGGUGACAGAGGGAGACUCUGUCUCAAAAAAAAAUAAUAAUAAUACAUAAAUAAAUGAAAUAGAUACUUAGUCCAGUGGGCAGUGUGGUCUGCCUUCCUGGCAACCAGUCUCGCCCUUGUGCUGGGAAAGGAUUCCUGUUUCUCGUUUCAGAAAUUAUCUCUCCCCUACUCCCAGGGCCUGGAGCUGGAGUGAUUGGAUAAGGAUGAUCUUGUGACUCUGGCUGUGUGGCUCAGAGUCAGUCCAAGCCUCCAGCUGGCACUGUUUGAAAAAGAGAUUCCCUUUGCUCUGGAAUUUCUGGGUGUAUAGAAGGUAGGAGUCAGGAGGGGCUGCCAAGACCACCAUAUGAAGGGCACCUGCCUGGAUAUAAAGCUAGCACAGGAGAAAAAAAGGGGAGAAGAUCACCAUAUACAUGCCACUGUCCCUGGAUCCAGCCAUACCUGAAGCACACACUGGACUUGUCAGUCUUCAAGACAACAGAUUCUCCUUCCAUUUAAAAGAAUUUUAAAUGUAUUUAAAUUCCCUGGCUUAGGCUGGUUUGAAUGGUUGCUAUUACUUACAACCCUGAAAGGGUUAAUUAACAGACCCAUUAACAGAUGCUGAUAGAUGUUCAGUACUCAGUGAGCGCUCUUCCUUCCUGCACUCAUUGGCCAAUGCUUUUUUUUUUUUUUUUUGAGACGGAGUCUCACUCUGUCGCCCAGGCUGGAGUGCAGUGGCACAAUCUCUCCACUCACUGCAAACUCUGCCUCCCGGGUUCAUGCCAUUCUCCUGCCUCAGCCUCCCGAGUAGGUGGGACUACAGGCGCCCACCACCACGUCCAGCUAAUUUUUUGUAUUUUUUAGUAGAGACGGGGUUUCACUGUGUUAGCCAGGAUGGUCUCGAUCUUCUGACCUCGUGAUCCACCCUCCUCGGCCUCCCAGAGUGCUGGGAUUACAGGUGUGAGCCACUGCGCCUGGCCUGCUUUUUAUAUUUUAUAUAUUUUUAUUAUCAUUAUUAUUUUGAGACAGGGUCUUGUUCUGUCGCCCAGGCUGGAGUACAGUGGGAUAAUCUCGGCUCACCGCAACCUCUGCCUCUCGGGUUCAAGCGAUUCUCCUGCCUCAGCCUCCUGAGUAGCUGGGACUACAGGCAUGUGCCACCACGCCCGGCUAAUUUUUGUAUUUUUAGUAGAGAUGGGGUUUCAACAUGUUGGCCAGGCUGGUCUCAAACUGCUGACCUCGUGAUCCGCCUGCCUCAGCCUCCCAAAGUGCUGGGAUUGCAGACGUGAGCCACCACGCCAGGCCGGCCAAUGCUUUUUAAUUGCCUACUGUGUGCCAGGUGCGUUGCUAGGUACCAACAUCUUAGAAGGCAGCCUCUCUUGAGUCUGGUUACCUGGAGUUAUGUUUUAUGGUGGUUCUACCCCAGAGUCAGUGCAAAGCCCUGUAUAUGACUCAAUAUCUGUACCAUAUCCACCCAGACCCCCUAGUUCCUCACCAAAUGACAAGGUGUGAAUGCAGGCACUUAUGCCUCAGGAAUUCAUUUAUCUCCAAUAAUACUAACAAAAUAACGUAGCCUCACGAUACACCACCUUUCCAGAUAGUAAUAUCCGUGAGUGGUUAGUUAGUGUGCUCAGUGUUUUUACGGAUUUCAUUUCAUUUUACUUUCACAAAAACCCAAGGUGGAUUUCAUUACCUCUUUUUUGCAAGUAAAACUCUGAAACUUAGGAAGGUUAUGUGACUUGCUGGAUCUAAAAUCCAAGUCUGUCUAAAUCCAAAAGCCCCAUCCUCUGAGUGAAAAUAGCUGCCAUAUAUAUAUACACACACACACACACACACACACACACAUGCACGCACACACACAUGUCAGCACUCUAAGGGCCACAGAUGCUGGGGGUUUCAACAUAAAGCCCUUACUUCUUUUCUCUCUUCCUGUUCCCUCUAUUCGUUUGCUAGGGCUGCUAUGAUAAAAAUACCAUAGGUUGGGCAGCUUAAACAGAAAAAAUGUGUUUUCCCACAGUUUUGGGGGCUGGAAGUCCAAGAUCAAAGUGUCAGCAGGUUGGGUCUCUCCUGAGGCUGUUCUCCUUGGCUUGCAGACAAGCUUUCUCCCUGUGUCCUCACUUGGUCUUUUCUCCCCAGCAUUUCUUCCUUCUCCUUCUCUGUCUCCGUCUCCCUCUCCAUCUCCGUCUCUGUCUCCGUCUCCAUCUCCUCCUCCUGCUCCUUCCUCCCUCCACCUCCUUCCUCCUCUGUCCUACUUCUUUCUUUCUUCUUCUUCUUCUUCUUUUUUUUUUUUGAGAUGGAGUCUUGCUCUGUCACCCAGGCUGGAGUGCAGUGGUGCGAUCUCAGCUCACUGCAACCUCCACCUCCUGGGUUCAAGUGAUUCUCCUGCCUCAGCCUCCCAAGUAGCUGGGAUUACAGACACACACUGCCACCCCUGGCUAAUUUUUGUAUUUUUAGUACAGACAGGGUUUCACUAUGUUGGUCAGGCUGGUGUCAAACUCCUGACCUCAGGCCUGCCUCUGCCUCCCAAAAUACUGGGAUUGCAGGUGAGCCACCGCACUCUGCCUCUUCUUUUUUUCAUAAAGACAAGGUCUUGCUCUAUCACCCAGGCUGGAGUGCAGUGGUACAAUCAUGGCUCAUGCAGUAAACACCAAGUAAUGCAGACAUAUGGAGGAUUGCUCGUGGGUUCAAGCAAUCCUCCCACCUCAGCCUGCUGAGUAGCUGGGACCACAGGCAUGUAACACCAUGCUUGGCUAAUUUUUUUUUUAAUUUUGUAGAUAUGGGGUCUUGCUAUGUUGUCCAGGCUUCUGCCUCUUCUAUUAAGGAAACCAGUCCUAUUGGAUUAAGCCCCCUCCCCAUGUGGUGUCAUUUAACCUUAAUUACCUUUCUCCAAAUACACUCACAUUCUGAGAUACUGGGCGUUAGGACUUCCACAUACGAAUUUAGUGGUGGGGGGAGAGCGAUACAAUUCAGUCCAUAACACCCUCCUUUCAGGUGCCAAAGAUAUAAUAGUCCUUAGUCUCAAGGAGGCCUCAAAGAUUUUUGUAUGAGUUGAUGAUGCUUCACAGAGAAAAGAUUCUAUCAGGCAGAGGCUGCACUGAGGCUCAUGCCUGUAAUUCCAGUACUUUGGGAGGUCAAGGAGGGUGGAUCACUUGAGGUCAGGAGUUUGAGACCAGCCUGGCCAACACAAAGAAACCCUGUCUCUACUAAAAAUAGAAAAAAUUAGCCAGGCGUGGUGGUGGGGGACUGUAAUCCCAGCUACUCAGGAGGCUGAGGCAGGAUAAUUGCUUGAACCCGGGAGGCAGAGGUUAGAAUGAGCUGAGCUUGUGCCGUUGCACUCAAGCCUGGGCGACAGAGUAAGAUUCCAUCUCGAAAAAAAGAAAAAAAAGAUUCUAUCAGACAGGAUUCUCCCACCCCAUGCCUCUUCUACAAACUUGUAUGCAUCGGCUCCCAUCCUCAUCACAGGGCAUCCAGGCCUCCCUCCCCACUCCUCCAAUUCAGAGUGAAUUCCCUGUCUAUGCUGGGCACCUGCCUUCCCAAGCUCUCACUCCAUCAGUGACCACAAAUCACUAUCAACUAGCUCUUUCCCCUUCACUGGUAAAUAUACCCUUCCCACCGCUGUCCACGCAGCAUGCUGGACAGUUCUAGACCUCGGCGGCUGCUACCCUCUCCUUCCCCUUUUCUUUUCUUUUUUUUAAUUGAGAUGGAGUCUUGCUCUGUCGCCCAGACUGGAGUGCAGUGGUGCGAUCUCGACUCACUGCCUCGGCUUCCCAAAGUGCUGGGAUUACAGGUAUGAGCCACCGCACCUGGCUUACCCAGGUUCUUAAGAGAUAGUUUUACUGGGUGCUAUGGUUUGGAUGUUUGUACCGUCCAAACCUCAUGUUGAAAUUUGAUUCCACCUUUUCCAACUGGGGCUUGGCAGGAUGGCUUCUGCAAAGAAGGGUGGCAAGAAGAAAGGUCGUUCCGCCAUUAGUGAGGCGGUGACCCCAGAAUACACCAGCGCAUGGGUGGAGUGGGCUUCAAGAAGUGCCCCUCGGGCACACAGAGAGAUCCAGAAAUUCGCCAUGAAGGAGAUGGGGACUCCAAAUUUGCACAUUGAUGUGAGGCUCAACAAAGCUCUCUGGGCCAAAGGAAUAAGGAAUGUCCCAUACCAUAUCCAUAUGAAGUUGCCCAGAAAACUUAAUAAGGAUGAAGAUUCACCAGACAAGCUCUAUGCUUUGGUUCCUACGUAUACCUGUUACCACUUUCACAAAUCUAUAGACAGGCAAUGUGGAAGAGAGCUAACCACUGAUGGUUCAAUACAUUAAGUAAAAUUAUUUUUAAAAAAGAAAUUUGGGCCGGGUGCGGUGGCUCAUGCCUGUAAUCCAGCACAUUGGGAGGCCAAAGUGGGCGGAUCAUUUGAGGUCAAGCAUUCAAGACCAGCCUGACCAACAUGGUGAAACCCCGUCUCUACUAAAAAUACAAAAAAAAUUUAGCUGGGUGUGAUGGUGUGCACCUAUAAUCCCAGCAAAAAGUGAAAAUAAAAUAAAAAAUAAAAACAAGACAAAAAUAUAAGUUUUCUUUUUUCUUUUGGGUAAAGACUAUUAAUUGGUAUGUAAUGGAUUGUAUCUACCUUCCUAUAUAAAAGGGUGUUCUGUAUUUUUUUGUUUUUUAGACAAUCUCACUCUGUUGCCCAGGCUGCAGUGCAGUGGUAUGAUCUUGACUCACUGCAACCUCUGCCUCCUGGGUUCAAGUGAUUUUCCUACCUCAGCCUCCCGAGUAGCUGGGAUUACAAGUGUGCGCCACCGUGCCCAGUUAAUUUUUGUAUUUUUAGUGGAGACAGGGUUUCACCAUGUUGGCAAGGCUGGUCUUGAACUCCUGACCUCAGGUGAUCCACCCACCUCGGCCUCCCAAAGUGCUGGGAUUACAGGCAUGAGCCACUGUGCCUGGCCUGGUGUUUUGUCUUUGAAAUCACUUUGAUGGACUGCCUGUGAUGCUCAUCACAGUCUAGUCUGAUGCUGAUUCAUUAAUAAAACUAUUUCAUUCUUUUCUACAUUUGGAGCAGAAGUUUUACUGGGUUAGCAGGAGAUAUUAUUUUCAUUAUUUUUUCCC